GUGUCUUAUCGAGAAACGGCAUCUGUAUUCACGAGAUUCCAUAACACACACCGGUGUAACGCUUUUCAGCUCACCUCACUCUUCACCCCCUCAACUCCCAUCUCUCUCUCUUGGCUGUUAUUCAUCGAUUCCACAUGCUUAAUAUACUCAAAUCAAUUCACGACUUCAUCAUUGUGUAAAUAAAUAUCCUUUUAAGACACAAACAUAUUGAUUGAUGGAAAACAAUCAGUCAACUCAAUACGCAAUGUUUCACUUUCAUCCGUUAAUUCUAUAGCAAUUCUUUCCCUUUUGACUUUACUAACUGCUCUCUUCUAUAUCACGAAUCCCGAUGGAACGGUGUCGUUUGCUUCUAUUCCUUGCUAUUCUCUCCUCUAUUUUUGGACUCCUUCAUGCUAGUGCCGGCGAUGCCGAUCCGCUUUACAGAGCUUGUGUUGAUCAGUGUGAGAAGACUGGAUGCGUGGGGGAAAAAUGCUCUCAACAUUGUAAUUUCACUUCCGGUGGGAGUCCCAUUGAUGGUCCAUGGUAUCUGCAGGAACCACUUUAUCUGAGAUGGAAACAAUGGGACUGCCUCAGUGAUUGUCGUUACCACUGCAUGCUUGCCAGAGAGGAAGAACGGAAGAAAGUUGGUCUUAAUCCUGUCAAAUAUCAUGGAAAAUGGCCUUUUCAGCGUGUCAAUGGAAUCCAGGAACCUGUUUCUGUAGCUCUUUCCGCUCUUAACCUUGCUGUACAAUUCCAUGGAUGGGUAUCCUUUUUCAUUUUGGUGAAUUACAAGCUGCCCUUUGGACCAAACAGAAAGCCAUAUUAUGAAUAUACCGGCUUGUGGCAUAUUUAUGCUACUUUUUCGAUGAAUUCCUGGUUCUGGAGUGCUGUUUUCCAUAGUAGAGACGUAAACUUGACUGAGAAGCUAGACUAUUCGUCUGCCGUUGCAUUGCUGGGGUUUUCUCUUAUCUUGGCUGUAUUGCGAGUUUUUAAUGUGAGAGACGAGGCAUCAAGAGUAAUGGUUUCUGCUCCCAUUAUUGCAUUUGUGACAACCCACAUCUUAUAUCUGAACUGUUACCAGCUCGACUAUGGGUUGAACAUGAAAGUCUGUCUGGCUAUGGGCAUUCUGCAGCUUAUCUUAUGGGCUGUCUGGGCAGGCGUUACUCGCCAUCCAUCACGCUGGAAAGUAUGGGUUGUGGUGAUUGGUGGAGGUCUCGCUUCACUCCUUGAGAUAUAUGACUUUCCUCCCUAUAGGGGAUUUGUGGAUGCCCAUGCUCUAUGGCAUGCCACCACCAUUCCCCUGACCUACUUGUGGUGGAGCUUUGUGCGGGAUGACAGUGAAUUCAGGACAGCAACUCUCAUCAAGAAAGCAAAGUAGAUUGAAGAAUAGUAUAUUUCUAAUUGCUAAUCAUGUAAGAAAUCAUUGCUUGUUCAGGUCUUUGUUAGUUGUCAGUAGGCUGUCCUUUUUCCUCGCAAUUUGCACUUCUAGGAGAUUUUCUAUUUGCCAUGAGAGUUUCUAUUUCCAGCUUUAGUUGGUCUAGGUCGGAUUUGUUGUUUGAUUCUCACAUUCAUCUCCAGUAGUUUUGUAAUAACAUUUGAAACUCUAUGUUCUUGCUUUUUGUGCUUUUGUGGCUUGAACUUUAAAUGAGCUAGGCUGCAAGAUCAAUUCAUUUUAAGCUCCUUGAUUUGAA